CGUCAAUGUCAAACAAAAUUGUUGCGGUUGUAGGUUCUGUCAAAAAAAGUAGUAAUUUUGGAUAAAAAGUUAGUUUUAUACAUUUAUAAAUUAUCCUAAUGGGUUCCUCCCAUAGUACGGAAGUGCCUGGAGGCGGCUCUGAUGGUUAUCAUAUAUUGCGGGUGCAGGACGGUUCCCCCGGUCAAAAAGCUAAUCUUGAAGCAUUUUUCGAUUUUAUAGUAGCUAUUGAAAAUACUAGAUUAGACCAAGACAAUGAUACUCUAAAAGAGUUAUUAAAAACGAAUGUUGAAAAGACUAUCAAAAUGUUGAUUUAUAGUAGUAAGACUCAGUCGGUGCGAGAAGUUAUGGUUACACCUAGUGCAAAUUGGGGCGGGCAGGGUCUACUUGGUGUUAGCAUCAGGUUUUGUUCCUUUGAAGGAGCAACUGAGAAUGUGUGGCAUGUUUUGGAAGUUCAUCCUUCAUCUCCAGCAGAAUUGGCUGGCCUGAGACCAUUUUCUGAUUAUAUUAUUGGAGCUGAUUCAGUAAUGCAUGAAAGUGAAGAUUUUUUCACUCUCAUAGAAGCCCAUGAGGGCAGAUCCCUCAAACUGUAUGUUUAUAAUGUAAAUGAUGAUACUUGCCGUGAAGUGAAUAUCACACCAAAUCAUAAAUGGGGUGGAGAGGGCAGUCUUGGCUGUGGUGUAGGCUAUGGUUAUUUACACAGGAUCCCCAUAAGAAGUGCCCAUACUUCUUCACAGAAGACUUACACUGAUAGCACCCCAUUGAUGUCAGCACAAAUGCCAAAUUUUGAGCAAAAUCUGGCGUCAGGUAUUAGCAACUUAAAUAUUAACCAAUAUUCUCAAAUGAAUGUCCUUCAAACAGCAUAUACACCACCAGAGCCUAUACAAGCACCACCACCAUUCUUGACUGGUGUGCCUAUGGUGAAGACAAGUAACUAUGUUGCUCCUGAGACUGAGAAACUUCCAGAACCAGUCAUUCCAGAGCAGCAGCCAUUCAUACAGCAACCUGUGACUCAAACUCAAUCCAUGGUGUCUAACAUGGCAGCCUAUUCUAGUAAUUUAGCUGAAGCAACUUUGACAAACUUAGGCAGCAUACCAUCAGUGUCCACAAUGCAACCACCAGCACCACUACCAAGUCUGCCAGGCAUUCCGAUGAACCAGCCCCAGCCCUACAUACCGAUGAUGCCCAACUACUCCCAAACGCAGGUUAACUCAUCAACGACGUAUUUACAAAGUGCACCACCAGUUCCAACAUUCGAUAUGAGCAGUUUCACACCAGCGGCUCCUCUUCAACCGCCUGCGAUGUCCACCGGGUUACCAGUACUGACUCCUGUCUCAUUACCAGGAAUGCCAUCGAUUACCGUUAGUGCUACUUUACCUGUUUCCACUAUGAAAGAGAUACAUCAACAACAGUCACAACAGCAACAGGAUUUAUUAUCGUGAAAUGAUAUAACAAUUAUUGUUUGCCUUUUAAUAUUGUUAAGCAGAUAUUAUCUUAUUUACUUGAUAAUAAUGUUACUUUAUUUUAAAUAUUUGUUCUAAUCAUGUAAGAGCAAAAGCUCGUCAGGUUAGCACAAAAUGUCGAAAUUUUUUCAAUCGAUUUUUAACUUUUAAUGCAACCACUAAGUUUGGAAAUUAUUUGGAAACCGUGGAAAGUGCUGCUGUGUAACCUGGAGCUGCUGCCUUUAUACGAUAUUCGGAAGGUAUCAGAAGCUGAAAAUGAUAAGUUUUGAAUGUGCAAUAAAAUAUUCCAUUGUUGUAUAACUUAUGCUUGUGUAUGUUAUUUAAUUUAUUGACUUGCUCUCGCACUCAGUCGUCAAUUAAAUUUAAUGUUUGUCAAAGACGUGACGUGACGCGAUUUUUUAAAUUGCUAUCACAAAGAAAUUGUAUGAUUCAACUUAAAUUAAACUCAAAUAUUUAUUGAUAUCACCGAGUGAGGUUGUUAUUCAUUUAAAAUCAUCCCUGUAUUUGUGGAUUAUAUUUGAUUUUUUUUCAUGUCUCUAAUCGGCCUUCCUAAGUUAUUAUAAGUGUACAUUUAACAUGAAAAAGUAAAUAAAAAUCGUAAAAUAAUAAAAACUCUUGUUUAUUUUGUAAUACAUAUAAAAUAUUUGUUAAUUAUUUUUUUCAGGGUUGUAGUUCAAAGUAAAAAUUAAAUAUGAAAUAUUUAUUUAUCCUUUUUUUCGGGGCUGUAUUAUACAGUUACUUAUAACGAAGGUAAGGCUAUUAGGGUUGUGAAAUCCUUAUCAUCACCUAGUUCAUAUAAGUAAAAUGUUUGGGGGGUUCCACUCAUAAGAUUUUUAUUUCUGCCAAAUAAAUGUAUGAUUGAGAAGCUUGGUUACGUAGUUAUAAGCCCGUUCUUUCUAUGUGAUUCGAAAUAAAUCAACUAACUAGGUCGCGCAAAGGGUGGGUGGCCAAAAAUUAUUGCAAUUAAACUUGGUUCGGAAUGUACUUUAUUCGGUGAGGUCUAGCUUUUAUUCAUUUGGUCCUAUCAAUCGGAACCAUAGGGAAUGUGUGUGUCCCCACAAGUACCUAAUUUGUGAUGAGAAUGAAAUAGUGGAGCGAAGAAGUACAAAAAUGAGAAAAGUGAACUGUUAUUUAUUAAUGUUUAUACAAUAAUUCAAUACAUGUACCGGGCAAUCGGCAAUAAAUGUCAGUAUAGUAUUUUCAUAAUAUUUACGUCUUAUGUGUUUGCUAUUCAUUGAAAUCAGCAAGGCAGGGCAGGCGGGGCUGUGGCUCAGCCCCUUCCCACGCCCAACAGAGCUAACAACAAAAUUUCGACGGGUCAUUAACCGGGGUUCCAGAUUUGAAAUCAGGGCCUCGCACACUUACGUUGUCUGCAGCCGCCGCGCCGCGCAAACGAAAAGUACAAUAACUCGAUUUUGGUCCAUAACUUAUAUAUUUUAACUUUAAGUUUUAUUUUGAAUUUGAUUUUUAUUUAGGGUACGGCCAGAGGUUGCCUGCUGCCACUAUGACCACCCUGCUUAAACUACACUGUUUAUUUCUCGCGCUUGUUUUCCGAGUCUGAGUCUGAAUCUGAAUCUGAAUCUGAGUGCAAUCUGGCCGUACCCUUAGGCCUAAUUAUUAAACUUCUAGACAGUUGCAUACAAAUAUGUUGAAAAAAGACAGGUCCUCCUACUGUAUAGAUACUGAAAAACAAAUCUUCACUUAGCAUGGUAGGUAUUAUAAUAAAAGUGUCAGAAGAUGCAUUGUAGGUCUCGUAGGUAAACAAAGGUUUGUUAAGUUUCAAUCUUAUUGCUGAUGAAAGUAUUUAUUAUUUCAUGAACUAUGUUUAUAUUUACAUACAAUAAGAUGCCUUAUUUUAUUAUGUACAAUAGGAGAAGUUAGUGGUGGUGUACCAAUUUAAGAGCACAUUAAUAAAUAUGUGAAUGUUCCUCAUUUAAAAACCUUGAAAUUUUAAUUACGAUUAAGUAGUAAUACAAUUUUAUUUAUUAUGUAAGUACAGUCCUAGUGGCUGGUGUUCUAUAUGAUUAAUAGAGGUGGCGCUAUAUCCUUAAUAGUACAGAGAUUCCACUUAUUUGAGAAAUCUACAUGUAAUAAGGGGUGACAACGGGUAAAGUAAACGAAAUUUUAUUUAGCCCGUCAGAUUAUCGAAAAAUAAAGGACACGCAGUUUUUCUUUGGUCAAUCAACCAAAAAAUCAAAAGGUAUAGCGCGUCAAUGAUUAGGAGUGGGGGUGCGUGGCUUCACUAUUAUGUAUAAAUUUUGUACCAAAACGUGAUGUCAUACGACAUUUCAAUUGGUUUGAUAAGGAAAAUAAAAAAGAAGUAAAUAAUAAAAUUUUGUACCAAAACGUGAUG